GCUGCUGUUACCUUUCUCUGCCUGAUCUCACCUGUCAGGGUGAAACUCCACAGGCUGUAAAAAAAAAACUGCUUCAUUACUAAAAUCCGAAACGAGGGUUUGAAACGAAACAGUGUGAUGGAGUCUCCGGGGAAGGAUCCUCCCGUCAGAGCGGGUUUUCACAGACUGGAGAUCCAGAAAACGACGUGGGAUGUCCCGGAGAGGUACGCGACGCUGCGCUCCGUGGGCUCCGGAGCUUACGGGACAGUCUGCUCUGCCACAGACCAGAAGACCAAGGAGAAGGUGGCCAUCAAGAAGCUGCACCGGCCUUUCCAGUCCCUCAUCCAUGCUAAACGGGCCUACAGGGAACUCAGGCUGCUCCGCCACAUCCAGCAUGAAAAUGUGAUCUGCCUCCUUGACGUCUUCACACCGGAUUCCACACUGGAAAAAUUCACAACCUUUUACCUAGUAAUGCCAUUAGUAGCCCAAGACCUGAGCCACAUUAUGAAGAGGAGAAGAUUAACCAUUCGCAUCAUCACAUACCUGUUCUACCAGCUUCUAAGAGGACUCAAGUAUAUUCACUCUGCAGGGAUCAUUCAUCGGGAUCUGAAGCCUGGUAACCUCGCUGUGAAUGAGAACUGUGAAUUAAAGAUCCUGGAUUUUGGCUUGGCGAGACAGACGGAGAGUGAGAUGACUGGUUAUGUGGUAACACGCUGGUACAGAGCACCAGAGAUCAUAUUCAACUGGAUGCACUACAGUCAGACAGGUGAUGAAAUCAUCUUACUUUAUCCUGUCAUUGUUUCCAGUAUUGCAGCAGUAAGUUGUGACAAAAUAUUAAAUGUAACUGUCUCUCUAUUGUCCUCCCUCUCAGUGGAUGUCUGGUCAGCCGCCUGUAUCCUGGCAGAGAUGAUUACUGGCCAGGUACUUUUCCCAGGACACGACAGUAUCGAUCAGCUGAAAAAGAUCCUUCGCCUGACAGGAACACCAGACUCCUCCCUGGUUCAGAAGAUGCAGAGUAAAGACGCGCAGUCAUAUGUGCAAGGUCUCCCUCCACAAAAGAAGAAAAACUUCAAGGAUGUGUUUCCGUCCAUGGAUGAAAAUGCUGUAGACCUGCUGGAGGGGAUGCUGCUGCUGGAUCCAGAGACGAGGCUGACGGCGAAGCAGGGUCUUCCCCACCCCUUCCUGGCUGAAUACCAUGACCCAGAGAGUGAGCCGGACUCCGAGCCUUAUGACGACUCCUUCGAGAGCCUGGAGCUGGCUGUUUGCGAAUGGAAGAGUCUUAUCCACAUGGAGAUCAUGACCUUCGACCCUGACAACCCCAGUAAAACAGCUAUGUAGGAUGCUGUGAUGUGCAGUGUUUGGCUUAAUAUCCACACCUGAGGUAAAGGUCAACGAUUCAGUGAAACAAAUACAAAAAAAAGAACAUUAAAUAUAUCCUGUCCUGUUUUGUGCAUCUGACAUGUAUGUGCAGUUGAUAGAGUUGAUGGUAGCAAUAAUAGCUUGAUGAAUUUAUAUCUGUUUUACCAAAAGCAUAUAAACUUUGAUAUAAAAUUAUUUUUAUGAGGUGUUUGCAUUAAUUUCACUUCACCCUCAUCAUGUUCAUUUUGACGUCUGUGAAGAUUGUCCCGGUCACGUGUUUGUAAGUGUUGUAUGUGUCAGGACAUUGUUGUUGAAUUUACAGCAGAAAGGAUUUACAUGAUACUGUACAUACAAAGCAAUACAAAUAAAAUAAAAUAUAUGGUCAAAUAAAGUAAAAUACAUAGAUUUAUAAUAUACAUUUAUAAGGGGAAAAGUCUUAACUCUUUAAACCCCCUGUGGUAAAAUGAAAAAACUUAAAGUUCUCCUUAAAACUGUAAGUGUUCUUUUUCCAAUUAGAGUUUUUUUUCAACUAGUUGUGAAAGAAAAUUAAAUACACUUUUUGUGCAGCAGA